GCUGGGGAAGACAAAAAGUGUAACACAAGAACCUUACGCAAACAAAGUAGUACAAGUGGGAAAAGUGUUCUGUGGGGGUGACCAUGGUUUGAGACAAUAAAGAUGUCUGCCCGCAUUCCGCUGGUCCUCCUGGCCUGCGGCUCCUUCAACCCAAUCACCAACCAGCACAUGCGGCUGUUCGAGCUGGCCAGGGAUCACCUGCACCAGACAGGUCAGUUCCAGGUGGUGGGCGGGAUUGUGUCUCCGGUGAGUGACGGCUAUGGCAAGCAGGGCCUGGUGUUGGCCAAGCACCGCAUCGCUAUGGCGAGGCUGGCACUGCAGAGUUCAGACUGGGUCUCCGUUGACGAUUGGGAGAGCCAGCAGCCCGACUGGACAGAGACAGUGGUCACAAUGAGGUACCAUUAUGGUCGGAUACUGAAGCAGUACCAAGAGGGCACAGGGAAGGACAGUGGUCCAACCACAAACCCCCAUCAUCUCACAAGCUCCUCUCCCAGGCUGAAGCUGCUGUGCGGAGCUGACUUCCUGGACACCUUCAAGGUGCCGGGCCUGUGGCUGGAUGACCACGUGGAGGAGGUGGCGGGCCGCUUCGGCCUGGUCUGUGUUAGCCGGGGGGGCCUGGAGCCCGAGCUCGCCGUGCACGAGUCGGAGACACUUUCACGCCAUUGGCGAAACAUCUUCCUAGUGCGCGAGUGGGUCCGCAACGAGACCAGCGCCACGGAGGUCCGGCGGGCCCUGAGACGAGGCCUCAGCGUCAAGUACCUCCUCCCAGAUUCUGUCAUCAAGUAUAUCCACCAGCACAACCUCUAUACCGGGGAUAGUGAGCUGAAGAAUAAGGAUGUGCUAUUGAGGCCGCUUACCAAGCAGACAGAGAUGCCUGUAAAAACUCUGGAUGAUUAACUGAGAGACUGCCAUUGGCCUUCAUUGAUGGAAGCAAGCAUAUAAUGUGCCAAUAGCAGAUACAUCUACUGACUGCAAGAACAGGCCAUGUGGCCCAUAACUAGUUCACUUCUGUCAUCUCAGUUGAAUAUGUGGCACACCACACGCACAAUGUUUCUCCAUCAGUGGGUGCCUUUUUUAUAAGCAGAUUUAUACACAUUUGUUAGUGUUGGCAAACUUGAUGUAAUAGCAAAGACAUUUGUGCAGCAGUGCAGAUGUCUAGAGAGACCAGAUAAGAAUUGUGAUUGACGCAGUGGAUUGUAGUAAGCUGGACUAGUUUAGGAUGCUCCUAAACUAUUGCUGACAUGUAAUCUGUUUUGGAAGAGAUGCGAUCAUCACCCCCAACAGCCCGUAGAUACAGUGCGCGUAUGUGCUGGUUGGCUAGUCUACAUGAUCAGAUUAUUAUGGAUAAGAGCGAGAAUAUUUUUUGGGGCAAAAGGCAGUCAAGCAUCGAUCAUCAUGACGCCAGAAUAAUAUUUAUUGGAAAUUACCAUCAAGCUCAUCACCGUGCACUUUCAACACCCUGUGAAGCUCAUCAUAACUAGCCUAAUAAACUGUAUGCUUUCUCGAGUCGUAGUGGGAGGACCACACACCACUCCAAGUUUACUUCGUUAUGAUGAUGAUAUCACUAUUGGCACAUGAAGGCAUUUCCUCCACAUUCCUUGCGUAAAUCAUUUUGAGGAUACAAAAAGAUCCCACCCACCAUGUCGAAUGAACAAACUAUUUGUCGGUAUUCAUAAAAUUGUACCGAAAUGUUCUGUUUCCAUCA